AUGUGGGCAGGCGGUGCGCAGUGCGUGCAUGCUUCGCUGCCCCGCGGCGCACGCGCACAGCCUGCGCCCACGCUCAGCGGCGCCAUCGCCAGCCGCCGCCCGCCCAGACCGUCUCCUCCGUCGCCAACUUUGGUGGCACAAAUCGACUCCUCAGUAGCGUGCCUCUGGUUACUUACGCCUCUGUCAGCUGGGACCGCAGUUGUGGCAGUGUUAGUAGCAGUAUCGACAAACAACUGGCUUCACACACAGGAGAAUAUGCUCAACCCUUCGUACAACGGCACGGGCAGACAUGACCUAGUUGCCAAGCAAACCGUGUCCGGAUUAUGGAGGAUAUGCCACACAGAUCCGGGCAGCACCGUGUUCCGGUGUUUAGAUAUUCCAUAUUUUCCGCUAUCACAAUGGCAGCCUGACCCGAGCGAUUCAACAAAUGCAAUACCAUAUGUUGUAACGCGGUCUGCAGCCCCGCUCCUCCUAGCAGUGUUCACUCAAGCCGUAGGGGCUCUGUGCUGCGUAUUGGGCCACUGUGUCAAAGGGCGACGACUAUGCACAUUCAUAGCUGGAGUCCUGUUUAUUAUUUCUGGUUUAAUCAUGCUGACCGGAAUCGUCAUGUACAUAUCUGUAUUUAAAUCACAAGUGGGCCACAAAUUGCGCUACAUGACAUAUUUCGAUACACCAAGGAUGUCAUAUAGUUACGGCUAUUCGUUUGGACUGUACAUAAGCGGCUUUGUGGCAGCAGAGCUAGCUGGCACAUCAGCUAUAUUCCUGUUCCUACAGUGGUAUCAAAAGGAUUGGAUAACAGAGCUAACUGAGAAAGCCAAAGCUGAUUGUAGAGCGUGGGAUCGCGAAUACGCCUUCACAGAGUUUAGAGAACGAGAUUCCACGCUUUUAGAGAGGCGAAUGAUGAAAAGAGACACGUAUCCCCCCUCAGGGUCGUCAGCUGCAACGCCUCGCGAGCGAAGACGAUUCGUGUUUGACGGGGAUGAAAUGCCACACUGUUCAAUACAUAAUAAAAAUAGGAGAAUAAAUUUAAGUUCAGCAUCAUUGAAAGACUUGUCGUCGUCAACGCUGUACGGAUUCCCGGCAGCACCACGACCGACAGCUUGUGACAAUUACUUUGAGGAAUUCAAAGAGGUGCCUCAAAGUGCAAAUACCUUAAGCGGGUUGAGGAGUGCAUCAAUAUUUCAAUCACAGGCAUCAGUGGCGAGCGGCCGCUUCUUGGACACGUCGGCCGUGGAGCCUCCGCCUUCGCGGGAAGAGGAGAUGGUGACUUUCGGUGCGGGAGCGAGAGGUGGCGAGGAACAAGCGCCGCCACGCCACGACCGCGCUAAAAACACAAUCUCCUCCACCAAGAAAACCACUUCAAGACUAUUUGCCAAAUCCAUUAAUAAAGUGAAGGUGAAGCUGAUGUGGAUGUUAAUGACAUGGUUCUACCUAGUCCAGCCAGUGUCAAUUCCUGCAGUCGGAUUUAUUCCAAUAUUUCUUCUACCAAUGUCCGGAGUAAUGUCUACUGUUGACACUUGUAAAUGUUAUAUGACGGAAUAUGUGUUGCUAUUCGUAAUAGCUUCAAUGAUAUUAGUAGUACUUAACAAUUCUGGCAUUGAUCGACGUUUAUGUUUGUGGCUCGUUUGCUCUGGCGACGCAUGCCAAUUUUCUGGAAAAAGAUUGGUCUUCAAAUGCAGCAUAGCUGCUUAUUUCCUGUCCAUAUUUAGCAGUCGGCUUAUAGUGUCAUCAACCUUGACUCAAAUAGUGACUAACGCUGUGAUGAAACUGGAAACUGGUAAAAAAGAUGAAAACAAUCCCAAUUUCAGUACCAUGCGUUACAUAAUAAACAACGCGAUUCAAACAUCCUCAGGAAUAGGUAGCAUUGCAUUCUUUCAUAGCUCAUUUGUGACAGUCCUUUUUAGAGGAGCAUUUGCAGAGUUCGCACCUAAAAGUAAAGAGUAUCCAGAUAUAUUUAAUUAUCUACAAUAUUCAGCCUUUGCUUUUCCACUGUCCUUCAUAAUGUUUCUUAUCAAUGUUUCCUACCACAUGAUGCUAAUAAACUGGUCCUUGUCUCGGGGUAUGUCUGCAGUGAAGAUGGAAGAAUUAAGGUCUAUCUUACUGAACACCAAAAAGGAAAUACCUCGUAAAGUCAGCUUGCAUGAAAGGCUCUCGGUAAUAUCUUUAAUUCUCAUCAUAGUAGCGUUUUUCUUUCGUUGGAAUCAAUGGGUGGAUGGAUGGUCUGAGUUCCGAAGAGACAAGGAUUCUCCAGAAAUUCCAAGUUGGCAGAUAAAGUACUCCAUUGUCCCUGUGAUAAUUUGCCUGAUUUGUUUAUACAUUGCGCUGUUGCUGUGGGCACCGUAUCUAUUUGACCCCAACGAUAACGGUGUUGUAGUCGUUGAUGAACCAUUGGCAGCAGGCGCAACAAAGGGACCGCCGGCAGCCGCUGGAGGGCCGGAAGAUGCACCACCGGAUGCUGGUGCGCCACCCGAAGACGCGGGACCACCGCCUGGAAUUUAA